ACAUUGGCAAGCCUUGGAAUUGUGUUGUUGCCCCUCCUGCUCUCGUUCAGGAAAAUGUAUUGUGUACGUGCUAGGGACAUCACUGCGCUCCGCGUUUAACAAUUACUUGCUAUCAGUAACAACCUGUAAAGAUGUCAGAGGACCGUCCAGUAAAAAGAAUCCCCAGUAUUUUUGACUCUGAGGAUGACAGCGAUGAUGAUCCACCAGUUUCCAUACUGCCUAGUGCCAAUAGUGAUCCAACAGUUUCCAUACUGCCUAGUGCCAAUAGUGAACCAACAGUUUCCAUACUGCCUAGUGCCAGUAAUGAACCAACAGUAUCCAUACUGCCUAGUGCCAGUAAUGAACCAACAGUUUUCAUACUGCCUAGUGCCAGUGACUCUUCAGAUUCUGAAGAUAGUGGGGCGGAGUCGUUGGUUCCAGCGUUGCCAGUUGCAGCAUGGACGGGUCAGCAGCUGCACAGGUCAACAGCCAGUCCUCCCAAAGAAGGUCCUGCAUUUUAUGAAGUUAGUGAUGAUUCUGAGGAGGAAGUUGAUACAAAAACUGUGAGUUUUAUUACUAGAAAAAUAAAAGAAAGCAUUUGUAAUGAUGAGGAUGAUGACGAUGAUAAUGAUUUAGAUAUUAGCCAUUCUAGUCAUGACAGUAUAGAAGAUAGUGAUGGCUAUGACGACGAUGAUGAUGAUGACAACGAUGAGGAGGAAGAGAAUGAUGAAGAUGAGGCGAACAAGAGUGACUCUAGUCUUGACCAAGAUGAGGAAGAAAGUGAUAGUAAGGAUGGGCAAGAAUUUGAGAGUUAUUCACUAUCAGAAAAACCUGCAGGCAUUUCUGAUAUAAACAAAGAAGCCGGCUGCAUAGAUUUUGGAGAUAUGUAUGUUGCAGACAAAGUUAGAGAGGACAGCAGUGAUAAUGAACAAGACACCAGUGAUAGCAAUGACAAUGAAGAUGGUGACAUGGAAGAACAUACAGACAGUGAGGCAGAGGAGGAGGAGGAGGAGGAGGAGGCAGAAGAGGAGGCAGCUGAGGCAGAGGUGGAGAAGGAGGCAGAGGUGGAGGAGGCGACAGAGGUGGAGGCGGCAGUGGAAGAGGAGGUGGAGGAGGCAGUGGAGGAGGAGGCAGAGGUGGAGGAGGAGGAGGAGGAGGAGGAGGAAGAGGCAGAGGUGGAGGAAGUGGCAGAAGUGGAGGAGGAGAAGGCGGUGGCAGUAGAUACACUUGUGGCAGUAAAAGAUCUUGGCGUUGAGACCCAGGAAAGAGAAAUGGUAGUAGUUGAAGGCACUGAUAAAGUAGACUUAAUGAGAUGUGAUGACUCUGAGUCAAAACAAAUUAAAGAUGGAGUUAAAUUGAUUGAUAAAAUUGACAUAGAGCCAAUGCAAGGGAAACUUAGAGCAAAAUGUAUUGAUGUUAUUGAAAAAUCGGAGGCUCCAAUGGAAAAUGUUGAGAGGAAAAUCGGGCCAGAUGGAGAUGAAAGAUCAGUGUUAGUAAAAAACAAGGUUGGAAUAUAUAAUGACAGUGAAAUUGAAGCUAUUGACAUGGAUAUAGAUGUAAAUAGUAAACUUAAAGAUUUACAGGAAAACAAUCAAAAAGAUGUUGAAGACUUAAUUGUCAAGGGUGAAAAAACUGAAAGUAUGAAGAAAAAAGAAGUUUUGAGUACCAAAACUCUAGACACUAGGGAAGAGGCAGACUUGAGUACCGAAACUCUAGGCACUAGGGAAGAGGCAGACCCGAGUACUGAAACUCUAGACACCAAGGAAGAGGAAUUUGAUGUGAGUACUGAAGUUCUAGACACUAGGGACGCGGCAGAUAUGAAUACUGAAACUCUAGACACGAAGGAAGAGGCAGACAUGAAUACUGAAACGCUAGAGGAAAAGGCAGACUUGAAUACCGAAAUGCUAGACACUAGGGAAGAGGCAGACAUGAAUACUGAAACUCUAGACACUAAGGAAGAGGCAGACUUGAGUACUGAAACUCUAGACACUAAGGAAGAGGCAGACUUGAGUACUGAAGCUCUAGACACUAAGGAAGAGGAAUUUGAUGUGAGUACUGAAGCCCCUGGGACUCAGGAAGAAAGCCUGGAAAGUCCUAAAACCCCUGAUAAUAAACAAGAGGAUGACAUGGUCAGUGCUGAAUACUUUGUCACUAAGGAAGAUGAUGACAUGGUGAGCACUGAAACUUUUGGUACGGAGAAAGACGACAUGGUGUAUCCUGAAAUCCUUGGUGCUAAGGAAGAUGCCGACAUGGUGAGUACCGAAACCCUUGGAACUACGGAAGAUGACUGCACGGGGAUAACUAAAAAACUUGACAUUAAGGAAGAAGAUGACAUUGUGAGUACUGAAACCCUUGGCACUAAAGGAGAUGACAACACUGUGAGCACUGGAGUCCUUGGUACUAAAGAAAAUGACGACAUGGUGAGAACUGGAACCCUUGGAACUACGGAAGAUGACUGCACGGGGAUAACUAAAAAACUUGACAUUAAGGAAGAAGAUGACAUUGUGAGUACUGAAACCCUUGGAAGUAAGGGAGAGAAGAGUAUAACUAAAACCCCUGACACUGUAGACGGGGAAGACCUGGUUAGUACGGAAACUUUUGUUACAAAAGUAGAGAAGGACGAAGUGGACACAAAAACCCUUCACACUAAGAUUGAAAAGAACAUGGGAGGUACUAAAACCUUUGACACUAAGGAAACAGAGGGCACGGUCAAUAUUAAAAGUCCUUAUACUAACGAAGAGGACAUUGUGGGUACUAAAACUAUUAUCAGCAAGGAAAAUGAUUGCAUGAUGAGCAGUCAACAACCCAUUGACACUGAGGAAGAUGAGGGUAUAGUGAGCAGUGAACUCCUUGACACUAAAGAAGAUGAGGACAUGGUGAGCACUGAACUCCUUGACACUAAAGAAGAUGAGGACAUAGUGAGCAGUGAACUCCUUGACACUAAAGAAGAUGAGGACAUGGUGAGCACUAAACCCCUUGACACUAAAGAAGAUGAGGACAUGGUGAGCACUGAACUCCUUGACACUAAAGAAGAUGAGGACAUGGUGAGCACUAAACCCCUUGACACUAAAGAAGAUGAGGACAUGGUGAGCACUGAACUCCUUGACACUAAAGAAGAUGAGGACAUGGUGAGCACUGAACUCCUUGACACUAAAGAAGAUGAGGACAUGGUGAGCACUAAACCCCUUGACACUAAAGAAGAUGAGGACAUGGUGAGCACUGAACUCCUUGACACUAAAGAAGAUGAGGACAUAGUAAGUGAUGAAAUUCUCAACACUAAGGAAGACAAGGAUAUGGUGUGUGGUGAAACCCUUAACACUAAGAAGGAUGAUGACAUAGUGAGUGGUGAACCGCUUAACACCAAGAAGGAUGAUGACAUAGUGAGUGGUGAACCCCUUAACACUAAGGAGGAUCAUGACAUAGUGAGAGGUGAAACCUUUGACACUAAGGAAGAUGAGGAUGUGGGAAGCAUUGAAUCUUUUGAUACUAAGGAUGGUGAGGAUGCAGCAAGUACUGAAACUCCUGUGACUAAGAAAUAUGAGGGUGUGGUGAGUACAGAAACUCCUGUGACUAAGAAAUACGAAUAUGUUGCGAAGACCGAAAUCCCCGUAACUAAGAAAUGCAAGGAUUUGUUGUGUACAGAAUCCUCAGCGACUAAGAAAUAUGAGGGUGUGGUGAAGACAGAAACCUCCACGACUAAGAAAUACAAGGAUCUGGUGAGUACAGAAACCCCUGCGACUAAGAAAUACAAGGGUGUGGUGAGCACUGAAACCCCUACAACUAAGAAAUACGAAGCUUUGGUGAAGAUGGAAACCCCUGCGACUAAGAAAUACAAGGAUGUGGUGAGCACUGAAACCCCUGCAACUAAGAAAUAUGAAGCUUUGGUGAAGACGGAAACCCCUGCGGCUAAGAAAUACAAGGAUGUGGAUAGCACAGAAAUGCCUGUGACUAAGAAAUUUGAGGGAGUGGUGAAGACAGAAACCUCUGUGGCUAAGAAAUACAAGGAUGUGGUGAGCACUGAAACCCCUUUGACUAAGAAAUACGAGGGUGAGUUGAAGAUGGGAACCUCUGCGGCUAAGAAAUACAAGGAUGUGGUAAGCACUGAAACUCCUGCGAAUAAGAAAUACGAGGCUGUGGUGAAGAUGGAAACCUCUGCGGCUAAGAAAUACAAGGAUGUGUUGAGUACAGAAAUCUCUGUGACUAAGAAAUACGAGGCUGUGGUGAAGACGGAAACCCCUGCGGCUAAGAAAUACAAGGAUGUGGUGAGCACUGAAACCCCUGUGACUAAGAAAUACGAGGGUGAGUUGAAGAUGGGAACCUCUGCGGCUAAGAAAUACAAGGAUAUGGAUAGCACAGAAAUGCCUGUGACUAAGAAAUAUGAGGGUGUGGUGAAGGCAGAAACCUCCACGACUAAGAAAUACAAGGAUGUGGUGAGUUCAGAAACUCCUGCGGCUAAAAAAUACAAGGAUGUGGUGAGUACAGAAACCCCUGCGACUAAAAAAUACGAGACUGUGGUGAAGACAGAAACCCCUGCGACUAAGAAAUGCAAGGAUGUGGUGAGUACAGAAAUCCCUACAACUAAGAAAUGCAAGGAUGUGUUGAGUACAGAAACCCCUGCGACUAAGAAAUAUGAGGGUAUGGUGAAGAUGGAAACCUCUGCGACUAAGAAAUACAAGGAUGUGGUGAGUACAGAAACCCCUGCGACUAAGAAAUACGAGACUGUGGUGAAGACAGAAACCCCUGCGACUAAGAAAUGCAAGGAUGUGGUGAGUACAGAAACCCCUGCGACUAAGAAAUAUGAGGGUAUGGUGAAGAUGGAAACCUCUGCGACUAAGAAAUACAAGGAUGUGGAUAGCACAGAAAUGCCUGUGACUAAGAAAUAUGAGGGUGUGGUGAAGAUGGAAACCUCUGUGGCUAAGAAAUAUGAGAAUGUGGUAAACAUAAAAAUCCCUGUGACUAAGAAACACAAGGAUGUGAUAAGCAGAGAAACCCCCACGACUAAGAAAUACAAGGAUGUGGUGAAGACUGAAACCCCUGUGACUAGGAAUUAUGAGGAUGGGGUGAAGACCAAAACCCCUAUGACCAAGAAACACGAGGAUGUGAAGACAGAAACUCCUGUGACCAAGAAACACGAAGAUGUUGUGAAGACGGAACCCUCUGCGACUAAGAAAUACAAGGAUAUGGAUAGCACAGAAAUGCCUGUGACUAAGAAAUACAAGGAUGUGGUGAGCACAGAAAUUCCUGCGACAGAGAAAUACGAGGAUGUGGUGAGCACUAAAACUUUAUUGACUAAAAAAUCUGAGGAUGUGGUGAGCAGUAAAAUUCCUACAGCUAAGCCAUACGAGGAUAUGGAAGGUGCAGCAGGUUAUAAAGACAGUUCAUUGUUUAAGAAAUUUGAUGGCGGAGCUGAUGAAGUUUCAAAGAAAGAUGAGCACAAAAAAGCUAGAGAGAAAAGGGAUGAACACAAAAGAGCUAGAGAGAGAAGAGAUGAACACAAAAGAGCUCGAGAGAAAAAAGAUGAUCACAAGAAAGCUAGAGAGAUAAAAGAUAAAUACAAGAGAGUUCAAGAGAAAAAAGACGAGCAAAAAAGGGCUAAAGAGAAAAAAGACGAGCAAAAAAGAAUUAGAGAGAAAAAAGAAGAAGAAAAAAAGAUCAGAGAGAAAAACGAUGAACAGAAAAAGGUUAAAGAGAAGAAGAUUGAACAUGCAAAGAUAAUAGGAGGAAAUGAAGGUAAAUACAAGAUGACUGAGGAAGAGGUUGAUAGAGAAUGUAAAAUUGGUAAGGAUGAUACAAGUGUUGAAGCUGAGGAGGAAAAGGAGGGAGUUGUGAAGCCCAAGGAAAGUGAGGAGCAUAGCAAUGACGGUUCAGCUGAUGAAAGUGAUUUCGAGACAAUGGAAUGUGAACCCCAGCGAGUACACACACUGAAGAGGGCGCGAGCAUCUUUCUCUACUGACUUGGAUACAGAAAACCUCAGGGAUUAUAAGAAGUCAAGAGGACCAGAUCCUAAUGUAUCUGUUUCAGUAAAAAGAAGAGGUGCAGCACCAGUCACAGGACGCAUUCCAGUGAAGGUAGAAGAUGUCUUCACUGACUCAGAAGAAGAAGAAGAAGAAAAAGAAGAAAAGAAAGAAAGAGAGGAAGAAAAGAAAGAAAAAGAAGAGGAAGAAGUAGCAGUCAGUCAAGAAAGAGAGAGAAGCAAGGAGAAGAAUGCAAGUGAUGUGCCCAUCACCAGUGAGACGGACUCUGUGGAUGCAGAGGAUCAGAAAGACUGUGUGUCUGUGCCUGGUAGUUCACGAAGCAGUAGUGUGGAACCAGGACAGGCUCCUCGAGACUUUGGUAUUCAAUAUUCACAGGGAAGGUAUUCCCCAUCAACACCUGAUCAAAGGGUACUUUCCAGUCUACCACCUGGAACUUCAAUACUGCGCAUCCCUCGACCAAAGAAAACCAGUAGAAUACCAUUUAGUCUGGAUGAGUGUAUGAAGGCAUUUUUAAAAGGAUGGAGGCGAGAAAUUGUUUACCGUGCAACUGUUGAUCCAAACAAGGGCGGAGCUAAAGCCGACAUCUAUUAUUAUGCUCCUAAUGGCAAGAAACUCCGAUCAAAAGUGGAGAUAGAAGACUUCCUUUCUCGACAAGGGAUUCAAGACAUCAGCUUGGAAAAUUUUACAUGGAUUAAAGAGCCAAUAGGGGUCAGUGGAGAGUAUGAACAAAUUCGUCAUGCUUCGAAGUACAUGACUGGCGGUGGGCGUGGGAAACCCAGCACACCAAGUGCUCCUGAUACCCCUGUCCAGGUGAGCAAGAUUGAACCUGAUCUUCCUGCUUCCACACCUGUGCCUCCACCACGCAAAAGAAGGGGUAGGCCUCCUAAAAAUCCUCUUGAACAGACUGUAAAGCGUGCACGGAUGAAGAUCACUCCCAUUAUCCCACUGAACCUAAAGAAAGAGACUGAAUCUAAUUUAAGUGUGACAAGUCCUCAACCCGAAGCUCCAGUACCAGUCAAGCCAGUAGUUGUUCAAGACACACAGAGCUCUACAGUGGACUCUAUGCAGGGCUCUACUCUGGACUCUACACAGGGAUCUGCACAGGGUUCUGCACAGGGCCCUACACAGGGCCCUACACAGGGCUCUACACAGGGCUCUACACAGGGCUCUACACUGGGCUCAACACUGGGCUCUAGCUCCUCCUCCAUAACACUGUCACCAUCUGUAAAACCUUCAGUCAGCAAAAGCUGGAAGCCUACGAUAACCCUGGCAAGUCCUGUGACCGUAAGCAGUAGUACAAGUCAACGACCAAUUCAACCAGCUCCACCCAAGUCUGAAAACAAACAGGUUAAAAGCAGUAUUGUAUACACCACCAAGAUAUGCACCGAGCCUGUAGUACCAUCCAAAAUAUUAACACCAAUGCUGUCUAGUGAGGUGCGCCAACGGACCUUCCACUGCACGGGACACUGUCCUCUAGGUGGUGGGAUGGUGCCAUGCCUUCAGUGUGUAAAAUGUCUCUGCCUCUUUCAUCCAGAAUGUACUUAUAUGCCACCUCCCACAGUUAACAUUAUCCAGGCCGGAGCUGCAAAAUUCUUAUGUCCUAAUUGUUACAAAGAGAACAAAGAAAAUGUCGGGACCAAAAAGUGGUAUAUACCUAGACCAAACGAGCCUCUAGCUUAUGACCCUUCAUCUGAAGACUCGGAGAAUGAGAGUGAGAAAAUGGAUAGCGGCGUAUCUUUUGAAAAUUAUGCCCGGGUCAGUCUUCGACUGGAAACACCUCUCACGCCUCCAGUCUCGCCAUCGCCACCAGGAUCAAAAUGCCCAGAUGAGGCAGGAGUCAAAAUGUACACCGGGGCACAGAUACAUUCUUUAGCUGCCAUUUCCAAAAUGGCUGAAGCUUCAACAGGUGGAUCAACACACAUGCAGUCUUCACAGCUUGGAUCUGGGCCAUCUAAUGCGAUGAGCAACAGUGCUGGCAUGAUGGGAUCUCAUAUUAAUAUGGCUGGGAAUCCGAUGCUUCAGUUACAGUCACCAGGAUCUAGUGCCGCGCGCUUUCUUCUAGUCCGUGCAGGCAAUAAUGGAGAGAUGACCCCUGUGCCAGGUGGGUCACGUGUAGGAAUGCCCAGAGGAAUAUUUCUACCAAGCAGUCUAGUUGGUGGACAGAUGCCCUUCAUGUUACCUGGAUCGUCGUCUCAGCAGCAGCAAGCUACAACACCACUUAUGCUCUCUGGAUCCAUGCAACAACAACAACAACAGCUGCAGCAGCAACACCAGCAGCAGCAACAGCAGCAGCUUCAACAGCAGCUGCAGCACCAGCACCAACAUCUCCAGCAGCAGCAUCUCCAGCACCAGCUCCAACAGCAGCAGCAGCAUUUCCAGCAGCUUCAGCAGCAGCAGCAGCAGCAGCAGGUUGCCACUCCUAAUAUGUUGUCGGGCAACAUACAGCAGCAACAGCAAGCUGCUUCACCUAUCAUGCUGCCAGUCCCAAGCUCGGUACAACAGCAGCAGGUUGCAGCUUUGUUCCAGCAGGCCUCGUCUAUUCUUCAGCCAUCACAUGAAAGGCCAAUUGAAAAACAGCAAAAAUCACUUUCAAAAGGUGUUAUGAAACCAGACAGUCGGAAUUUCCUGCACGAUUUAAGUCAGAGCUACCAGUUACUUCUGCGCAUUUUCAAGUAUCUGUCUGUGAAGGAUUUGUUGAAAGCAUCUCAAGUUUGUCUUCUGUGGCGAGAUCUAGCCUACAGCUCUUCUUUGUGGAGAACAGUGCGUCUGCGAAAUGUAUGCGUUCGCGACUGGCAUGAAUUGGCCAGGUUCUUGGAGAGGCGUUACACAAGAAACAUUGACUUGAGGAAAAUGGUGUUUAGAGAAAAGUACAGGAACAAAACUGGGGAAGCUGGCAACGAACAAGAAGAACAGAGCCCUUCGUCUAGAGCCAAAUCAGGAGGACUUAGGACAGAUAUUGUGUUUUCUUCUCCGGAGCAUCUUAGAAGCAAGCUGGACUCUUCAUAUGCUGUAAGCAGAGAUUGUGCAGAAAAAUUGGUGUCUGCAACGGAAAGUAGCAGCAACACCAGAGGAUAUAUUACAAAAGAUGUUAAAAAUAUUGAAAACAGGCACUUGGAAUGCAAGAGUCGUGAAAGUGAGGAGUGUAGUGAAGGGAAGUCGUGCGUGUCCGAGACAUUCGAUGAUAAGAAUCGAAAGGAAUCCUCUCUAGGAAACAAGGAGAAAGCAGAACAUAAAAGUGAUGUGCUUGAUAAGGAUGUGCCUCCUACUCAUAAUGAGAAGCAGGAUGACAGAAAAGGGGCUCCAAGUGGUUUGGGCAGAGAGGACAGUAAAUGUAACAUUAAAGACGAGAUGGCAAGUGUAACCCAAAGCUCUGAAAAUCCUGCUCAAAAGUCAAGUUCAACAAGUUGCAAGAACGGAAGAGAUUUACAGAAAUUUGAACAAAAUUAUGACGAAAAAAUGGAAUGGGAUACCAGUGAGGAGAUUUCAGAUAAAGACAAAGAGAGGAGGAGGAGGAGGAGGAGGGAAGCUUCUAUAGAAAAGGAUUCCACAGAAGAACCAAAUAUAAGGACAGAGAAGGAUGUUUGGAAGUACAUCUUUGAUGCAUUAGGCACAAUGCAUUGCUUGCAGGGCGUGAUACUCCCUGCAUGUGAAGGGCAAGUUCUGCAGAUGCUGCUCACAAGCUGUAAACACCUCACUUCAGUUAAUGCCACUGAACUUCGCUCAGCCUCAGCUCCUGCUAGGUUUGAUCCAGCUUAUUUAAUGGAAUCCUCAGAGUUAGAGGAGCUGCGAAUUGGUGCCUCUGUGGGGUUCUCACUCACUAAUAACUUCAAUUUCAUCAAACUGCAAAAACUAAGGGUGUUGGUGAUGAGAGGCCUCUCUGGACCUUCUUGGCCAUACCUGGGCACUAAGCUCACUUCUCUUCAUGUUGGUCCCGUCUCAAACUUUACUUCACAAACCUGGAGUAAUAUUGGCAGCAUGACAAACUUGGAAGCACUUUGGCUUGAAGAUGGAGGGUCUUUAAGUGAUGGUCCCAUUUAUGAUGCCAUAAGCCGGCUCUGCAAGCUCCGGCGAUUGUGCCUCUUCAAUUUCACCGUUGGACCAAAGUUAGGUCAGGCAGUGAAGAAACUGCUUCAUCUCGAGCGAUUAUUUGUUUUACCGGCACCAUCAGAAGAUGAUAAGAUAAGUACGCAACAUGGCAACAUGCUGGCAGUGACGGAAACUAUGCGUCAUGUGGAUGAGCUCGUGUGGGCCAUACGGCAGCAAGAUAUUCAGACUGUUGGAGAGGUUGAUCACAUUCACAUGUGCUCUGCCAAAGCUAAGAUGUAUACUGGUUUUACCAGUAGUGAUGCUCCUGAUGCUAAUCUGUGGACACUACAACGUCUGGAAACAAUAGUCAAGCGUCAUCUUCCCCGAACGAGAGUGCGCAUUAUGAAUGUGGACACCACGGCUGCAUCACGUUUAGCAAUGUCUACUCUAUAACUGUUGUGCAUUUACCUUUCCUUGGAUGUUCACUAGCUUGCUGCAGCAGUUAGCUUGCUUGUUAUUGUGUGUGCCGUAAUUUCACCGCCAUCUUUGUUUGAAACGAGCUCGAGUAUGUAUGUGUGUAUGUUUGGUAAUUAUAGACGUAUACAUAUGUAUGUAUGGAGGGUACCACCUCAGGUUGAGUGCCCUUUGCCUCGGGAGAGAAAAUAAAUGACAUUCAAGGGAGCUAUUUGUACCCUACAUAUGUAAGUGUAUAUUUUCCUCUCUCUCCCUCAACAUUUUUUAAUGUGCCAAUAACUAUUGGUUAAUUUUCUUUUAAAUAAAUAAAUAAAUAUAUA